AUGAAUGACUGCUUAGAAUUACCAAUACAUCUUUUAUUUGUUUUUAGAUCUGUGAAUAAAGAAAGUAGGCGAAAGAAGAAGAUAAAGAAACCAGUUGUGAAAGUAGAGAACCUACCAGUGACUGUACAGUCUGAAGCAGCAACUGAAAGCCCUAAUAGUGAAAAGAAAGAGAAAAAAGAGGCCCCUUCCAGCAUUCCAGAACCUAAAAGUGGUGCUUUUUCACCAGUUAAUGCUUUCAGCUUACUGGAGUCUUUGGUGUUGUUACCGAAAAAACCUUCUGAGAAUAAGAAACGUAAAAAGGUACUACGUUCAAUGACCAUCGAGGAGAUUAUAGAUAAUAAAGAAAAAGGAGAAGGCUUGCAGGAACAAUUGAAGGACAUAAAGAGCAAGUCAUCCACUGCUCAAAACCUCAACAUUUCAGUGUUAUAUAAAAAUAUUGAAGACGACGACAUUGAGGAGGACAGAGCCCCUUCACUGAAAUUUGAGUUAGAAACGUCCUCAUUCCUGCCACAGACUUUAGAGCCUUCAAAACCUGAUAUAGUAAUAGAGAUACCGGAGGACUCUGAAAUUGUAAUAGAGACACCGAAGAACUCUGAAACAGUAAUAGAGAUACCGGAGGACUCUGAAACUGUAAUAGAGAUACCGGAGGUCUCUGAAACAGAAAAACAAAUGUGAGAUUGUAAAACAUAUUAUUUUAGUUCUUUCACAGCAUUAUCAAUGCUGUGUACAAAUAUGGGCCCUUUACCAAUGUUGGGCAGCUUUAUACCAGAGCAGUAAACCAUAACAACAGUUUGUUUAUUGAACAGCUCAGGUGCAAAUCUGCUCAGUGUUAGUCAAUGCGCCUUAUUCAAUAUUAUGAUUUCACACAAUAACAGUUGACUGAUACUUGUUUUCUAUUACAGUGAAGAGAAACCUAUUCAACCAACUGGGAACAUCUGUGGCAAUGAGGAAGAUGAGCUUCUAUUGCAAAUGGAGCUCUUGUUACUAUUAUUGACAUGUUUACAUCAGUCUGCAGAACCAGACACUGAAAAGCAACUUGUACAUGUUGAACCAAGAGAAGAUACAUGUGGUGAUGAAGAACUUCUAUGUGAAACGGAGUUCUGUUUCAUAUUAAUAUUGACGUCGAUUUAUAAAUCAGCAGAACUUGAGCGGUAAGAUUUCUAGUUUCUAUACCCCGAUAUACAGUAACACCUGAGCAUUCAAAAACAUUUGCCUGAGAAGAACCUUUCCAUGCAAUAUUAACCUUUGAAAAACAUAUAUGUUCAUGUUUGUAUACAGUGAAACAACUGGAAACAACUGGAAACAUCUACUCAUUUUUAAUCAAAUA